UAUAAUAUAAUUAUGGCAUUAAAAGUUGCAUUUGUUUUGUUGGUUGCAAUUCUUUUGUUUACGAAGAAUAAUGGUGAGAUCGUUGGAGACGUGAAAGAAUGUUUUGAGGAAUGUAUGCCUUCGUGUGGUGAAGACAAACACUGUAAGAGUGCGUGUGCUGUCGCUUGUGCUAUAAGUGCUACUCAUAACGUACAAAUUCAAACUCGCAAGUGUAACGUUGGAUGUUCUCUUGGCCAUUGUUACAAAUUUCUCAUCAACAAAUAUGAUCAUCACAAGUUUGGAAGUUGCAUGACAAGCUGCAAUGAGAACUAUUGUAUUAAUUGACAAUAGUAAUAUUGCUCUACCAAAAGCUUAAUUAACAAGAAUUUAUUAUGACCACAAAGUAUGUGUCGUCUAUGACACUAUGCUACUAAUUAAAUACUUUUGUGGUUGUAAUUUUCUAAAUUAUGUAAUCGUUAUGUGUGUUCGUUCGUACUUGAAUAAAACUCUAGUGUUUUCUAUUAA